GAGCUACACCUGAGUUCCGUGACCUGCGAUUGCUCCUCACGAGGCAAUGCCUUCUGCAUCAUUUUCCGUCCGCAGCUCACCCGCGUCUGCGAGGGAGAUCAGUUCGAGGUGGAAGUGAGUGGUUUGAUUGGGAGCUCGGAGAGGCAGUAUUUCUUUCAUGACUUCAAAUCUGGCAUCGACUUGGAAUGGAAGGACCAGCGAUUCCUCCAAGCCGUGAAUGGCUUCUGUAGUAUGACCGGGGGCGACACCAGCAACUAUGCCGAGCCGUCCAUGAAGAUCACGCUUCCGAAGAGCAUCACCAAGUCGCUCGCGAAGAGCCUUAGCGGAAGGUUUGUCUCACCGACUUCAUCACUGGUGCCGGAGGACAGAAGACGAAAUACAACGACGACCUGGCACGAUCUCCCAGCGAUGGGCCUCGUAUCGCACACCUCCAAGGAGAUCAGAACAGAUGAGUCGGAGCUGGACAUCUUCUUGCACUGCGCGGGAGUCCCUGCUGAGCAGGGGAAGAUGUGGAAGACUGGGAAAGGAACCCUCAAAGGACGUUCUCGUGGCCGGUCAAACUGGGCCGAGGGAGAAACCACCGUCGUGUUAACAGGGCUACCAAGGACUUUGAAUGCAGACAUUCUUUUGGAGUUGGUGGACGAGAAAUUCCACCGCUGUUAUGACUUUUUUUACCUUCCAAUGUAUUUGGACCAACUCGAAAACACUGGAUUAGCAUAUAUAAAUUUUCGCGAUCAUACAACGGCUGUGGAAUGCCAACGCUACUUCGAAGGGAGUAUUGACUGGAGUGGGCACAUCAGCGAUCGUCCCUGCAAGGCACAGUGGUCUUCCAUCCAGGGCUAUGAGGCAAACAUUACGAGGCACCGGAAGGCUGAAUGGCUCGAGAAGAACGUUCCAGAAGAUUGCAAGCCUAUGGCCUUCGAUGAGCAAGGCAGGCGACUGCCAACAUUGGAAGUUUUCAAUCCUUUGCAACCUUUGCAUUCUACAGACUCUGGCAAGGGUGGAAAGUAUCAAAGGCCAGGCAAAGGAAAACAGUGGGAACGAGACUGGUAUGGUGCCAGUAAGCCACAUGCCGGCAAAGGCAGCAACUGGCCUGGCUGGUACUCCGACCGCAACAUUGAAACCGAUUCGCGCCAGAGCGACAGCGGCUAUGCUAAUGCUGCCUUUGAGCCUUUUGAUGAUAGUGCUUCAUGGCUUCAAGCUGCUGCAAGCUGGCAGGUAAUGGAGAUGACCGCCGGAGGCAUUGAUGACUCCUGGGGCAACCCCAACGAAGGAAAUAUGACCUCUGCACUUGACCUUUAUUUGGCCAGUAUGGACUCCACGGACAGGUACUCUGACGAGGCUUACGGCCAUGCAAGUGGCCAAACCUUCGAGCCCAGGUUUCCCUUGCAGGAAUCUUUUGAGAAGCGUGCAGACACGUUUGAGAGAGAUCCCUCCAACACGAAAGUUGAAGACCAGAAAAGGCUGCCCAAGCCUUUGAUUCCAGAACUUCCGGUGCUCGAGCAUCUGCAGAACCGUGAAAGGGGUGAAAAGGGGAGCCCACAGACGAGCCCGCAGAUGUCUCCAUCCUCUACCGCCUCAGAGCCUGGGCAGCUCGGUCUGCGCAAGUACGCCUGCCCAAACUGCAAACUGAUCUUCGCAAAGUGGUCCGCUUGCCAGCAUCAUGUCGUGAGUGAUAUGAACUGUUGGUGUGUUCUCGGAGAGGGCCGGCUGCCCUCGGAUGUAACUGAGCUUCAGGAGAAGUGCAAGGCCGCAGCGGAAGAACGCCCGAAAGACUCUGAACCAACUGCUGCCUUCGUUGAUGAGGCCAUCCAGGAUAAAGUACUCCGUUUCCAGUAG